AUGGGUGGUCUUAUUAAGUCAUUAUCUCUUUACUUUAGUGGAAAGAAGUUUUGCACAACUGUUGAAACGCUAACUCAUAGGGAGCCCCGCUCGAUGCUUGCUGCCAUGUUCAGUGGUCGCCACACUCUUUGCAAGGACUCUGAGAAGGGAUAUGUGUUUAUUGACAGGGAUGGGAAGCAUUUUCGGCAUAUUUUGAAUUGGUUGAGAGAUGGUGUAGCUCCCAUUCGCAACCUGUCUGAUUUAGAGCGUGUAGAGCUUUUGCGGGAAGCAGAAUACUAUCAGCUUCUUGGAUUGGUGGACAUGAUAAAUGAGGUCUUGAAUAAGAAGGAUGAACAAAUGGAUACUGAUUUAACACGCACUGAUAUUAUCAAGAUUGUACAAUAUGCAGCUAGCGGAUGUGUCAGUUUAAUAGGAGUGAAUCUCUCUGGGCUUGAUCUUUCAAAACUGUGCUUGAAGGGUGUGGACUUCAGCUUUGCAAGCCUGAAUAAAGUUAUCUUCUCAGGUGCUAAUCUUCAUCAUGCUCAAUUUCAGGGAGCAGAUGCUGAAAAUACCAAUUUUCAAAAUGCAACAUUGACCGAUUGUGAGUUCACAAAGGCUAAUCUUCGUGGAGCGUUGCUGGCAGGGGCUAAUCUUCGGAGUGCAAACUUACAAAAUGCGUGUGUAAUAGGUUCUGAGUUAUGUGAUGCAGACUUGAGAUCUGCACGUCUCGAGAAUGCUAGAUUCACAUAUGCGAAUUUGGAGGGGGCCAAUCUCGAAGGAGCCAAUUUAACGGGCGCUAAAAUGAGAAAGGCCAAUUUGAAGGGUGCAAAUCUUCAACGUGCUUGUCUUGUAGGUGUUGAUCUUCAGGAUACAUGUUUGGAAGGCGCGGAUUUACGUGGGGCAAGGAGGCAAUCUAUAUAUGAUAUUUAA